AUGCCAACCUACUCAAGAUUUCUUAAGGAAAUCUUGGGUGGGAAGCGAGAUUGUGACGUAAAGGAGACGGUGAACCUCACCGAAAAUUAUAGUGCUAUUAUUCUCAACCAAAUGCCACCCAAACUCAAAGACCCGGGUAGUUUUUCUAUCCCUUGUGCUAUUAAGACACUUGAAAUAAGCAAUGCUUUGUGUGAUUUGGGUGCUAGUGUUAGUCUAAUGCCUUAUUCGGUGUAUACCAAGCUUGAAGUUGGUGAUCUUGUCCCAACCAACAUUACAUUCAACUUGCCGACCGUUCGGUCAAAUACCCUAUUGGCAAGAUUGAGGAUGUACCCUUGA